UCACCAUAAAAAUUAUUUCUGACGAACAUGGCCGUAUAAGCAUCGGAGGCCACGUCAUAUAGUAGCCAACUAUUAUUUUAGCUUUUGUGAUUGCAUCGAUCUCUUGCUCUCUCUCUCUCUAGCUAGAACGAACACACACACACCGAUCGAUGGAGAACAAUGAUGAGCAGAAGCCUCGCGCCAUCAUGUUUGCCUACCCUCUUCAAGGCCAUGUAAUCCCCUUCGUCCAUCUAGCCUUGAAGCUUGCAUCAAACGGCUUCACCAUCACCUUCGUCAACACCCUAUCAAUCCACCACCACAUAACCAAAUCCCAACCCACCACCGCCGACGCCGACAACAACAACAACGACAUCUUCGCCGGAGCACGUAACUCCGGUCUAGACAUACGUUACAUGACCAUCAGCGACGGUUUCCCACCAAAGUUCGACCGUUCCCUCAACCAUGACCAGUUCAUGGAGGGUCUUUUACAUGUCUUCUCGUCCCACGUCGAUGAACUUGUCGGCAAAGUGCUUCACUCCGACCCUCCGGUCACCUGCUUGAUUUCAGACACCUUUUUCGUUUGGUCAUCCAUGAUUGCCGACAAGUACAACCUCGUUAAUGUUUCUUUCUGGACUGAACCAGUUUUGGUUCUCACUCUCUACUAUCACUUGGACCUCCUUAGAAAAAAUGGUCACUUUGCUUCUCAAGAUAAUCGUAAGGAUCCCAUCGACUAUAUACCGGGUGUGAGGGCCUUCGAACCAAAGGAUUUGAUGUCUUAUCUUCAAGCUACCGACAACAUAUCGACGGUGGUGCACCGUAUCAUAUACAAGGCAUUCGAGGAUGUAAAAAGAGCUGACUUUAUUGUUUGUAACACUAUCCAAGAGCUUGAAUCCGAGACCAUCUCAGCCUUACAACAAAAGCAGCCAAUAUAUGCAAUCGGACCAGUUUUCCCAACUGGGUUAGCCACGACCAUUGUGCCUACUAGCCUAUGGUCCGAGUCGGACUGCACCCAGUGGCUCCACACCAGGCCAAAUGGGUCAGUUUUGUACAUCUCGUUUGGUAGUUAUGCUCAUGUUAGUAAACAGGAAAUUGUAGAGAUAGCCUAUGGGGUUUUACUUAGUGGAGUAAGUUUUAUUUGGGUGCUUCGCCCUGACGUUGUGAAGUCUGAUGAAACCGAUUUCCUGCCCGUUGGAUUUGAAGAUGAGAUCAAAGGUAAAGGGUUGAUUGUGCCGUGGUGUCAUCAGAUGGCUGUGAUCUCACAUCCGGCAAUCGAAGGUUUCUUAACUCACUGUGGAUGGAAUUCAAUAUUAGAAAGCAUAUGGUGUGGCGUUCCACUGUUGUGUUUUCCUUUGCUGACCGAUCAAUUCACUAAUAGAAAAUUGGUGGUCGAUGAUUGGAGGAUCGGACUUAAUCUUUGUGACCAGAAGCCAAUCACACGGCAAGAAGUUGCAAGCAAAAUUAAUCUUCUUAUGAUAACGGAAGAUCAAUUGGGUGAUGAAUUGUGGAAGAAUGUCAAGGAGCUCCAAGGAAUACUAAAGAACACAUUGACAGCCGAUGGAUCAUCAGAAAAGAAUUUCAAUCAGUUCAUCAAUGAUGUGAAAAUAAAGUUGCAAGGAAAAUUGGGAUGACACAUGGGAACACAACGGUACGUCAUUUUCCAAUCAAGCUUAGCUUUCAUUACUUGUAUUAUUUUUAGAUAGUGAUGUGAUAGAAUCAAACUCUUGCGGCCCAUGUGGGCACCUAGUUGUUUCCACUGAAUAAUAUUGUCCCACCGGGUUUAUGUGUUGUUCACUUAUUGAAAUAAUGAAAUUCAUAAAUAAAAUUCUAAA